AUGGCAAGACUAGUACUAUUCUCUCUCUUCUUCUUCUUCCUCUCAAUCCUUUUGCAGAUCCAGCCUGGAGUUGGCGCUGCUGAUGAUGAUGAGUGCAAGCCAGAAAUAUGUGGAGAUAUUGUUAUCCGCUUUCCUUUCAGACUUAUUGAAAGGCAUUCGGAUCAUUGUGGUUAUCACGGAUUUGAUCUCUCUUGCUCUCCCAACUACCAAACCAUCCUCAAUCUUCCCCUCACUACUUCUUCUUCUUCUUCUUCAAAUGUAGUGGUCAUUACCCACAUAGACUAUGGUUCUCAAAUGCUAUAUGCAGAAGACCCAGACGGUUGCUUUGUGAAGAACUUUGAAAACUUUAACUUCUCCGCUUCUCCCUUCCAACUAUUUCACACAUACGACAUCUUUUAUUACUUCAGCUGUCCUCAUGAUUCUUCUUACAAGGGAAUAAACUCAUCAGAACUAUGCCCACCUUAUUAUGAAUUACCUUGCCCCGUGGAUUGCGCUAGUGAUUCAACUCAGCAAGUGUAUGCUGUUUCCAUUAACGCCGAAUUGUACAACCUGCCACCGUGGCCAUGCAAAUCCAUCACAAAAAUCUCUGACUUAAAACAUUUUUCAUUGAAUUGGUCGGAGCCCAUGUGUGGCCAUUGCGAAUCACUUCAAAAACUCUGCAGAUUCAGGGAUAUCAACAAUACUCAACACAACCUCACGGAACAUGAAACAGAGUGUUAUGGAGAGCUGAAGCAAGUCAAGCAACCAAGAGAUUUUAGCAAGAAACUUAUAAUUACAGGUUAUUGCUUAACUAGUCUUGUUAUUCUCGUUGGAGUAAGUCUUACAUACUCCAUCCUAACUUCUGAUGAUAACAAGAGAUAUUAA